AUGGACGACGUCGCCGCCCUGCUGGUGGAGUACCUGCGAACGCCGAUGCCUGGUCGUGGCGGGCUGGUGGCGUCCAACCCGCGCCUCUUCUCCCCUGACGUGGUGGCGGCCUUAGACGACGCCCACGAAACGUUACUGCAGGCGCAGCGUCAGGCGCGGGACGCCUGUCACAGCAUUGAUGAUGUCAUGGGGAGUAUCGAUCUCCCCUCACUGCCACGGCUGACCCCGAUGGAGCGGUGUGAGCUGUCUCUGACUGAGGAGGCGAUGAUUGCGCAAUUUGCAGACCGCCUCUCGACGUUGCUCGCGCAGCGGGGGAUGCUGGAGGCCGCGGUGGCGGGGGGAGCACUCUCGGUGGGUGCUGAGGGCUGUAGUUUUGCCAAGCCGUGGCACCAGCAGUGCCCUAUCGUGUUGGAGGUUCUCUCCUUCUUGCCAGUUGCGUUCACCUUCAACGUGGCAGAAAACGUCUGCAGGCUGUGGCGGGCGUGGCUGUGCGUUCCUGCGGACUCGCGGGCCUUCUGGACGGGUUGCGUGCAGCGCGAGUUUCCGGAGAGCCUUCAGACGCUGCUGCAGUUGCAGGACGCGGACUUGUACCAGAGCGACUGGCGCACUAUUGCCAUGGUGUGCUGCGCCGAUGAGGACGAUGGGGCGGAGGUGGCGGAGGAAUAA